AUGGCCGCUAGAGAGCCGAAUAUCACACUCUACACGACGGGCACGCCGAAUGGCAUCAAGAUCUCCAUUGCGCUGGAGGAGUUGGGACUUCCGUACAAGGUGUAUGCCAUUGACUUGAAGAAACAGACCCAGAAGGAGCCCUGGUUCCUGGAGAUUAAUCCAAACGGCCGCAUUCCCGCCAUCACCGAUACGUUUUCGGACGGCAAGACUAUAAACGUUUGGGAGUCUGGGAGCAUUCUGCAGUAUCUGGUCGAGCAGUAUGAUAAAGAUCAUAAGAUAUCGUAUCCCAAGGGAAGCAGGGAGGCAUACGAGGUGAACAAUUGGUUACAUUUCCAGAUGGGCGGGCUUGGGCCUAUGCAGGGCCAAGCAAAUCACUUCGUCCGCUACGCACCCGAACGCAUUGAGUACGGUGUCAACCGCUACGUCAACGAGACUCGACGCCUUUAUGGCGUGGUGGACGGACAUCUCGCCAAAUCCAAGUCUGGUUACCUGGUUGGCGAUCAUAUUUCCAUCGCCGACAUUGCUUGCUGGGGGUGGGUUUCCAGCGCUGGUUGGUCCGGUGUCGAUAUCGAUGAAUUCCCGCACCUGAAGGCCUGGGAGGAGAGACUUUUGCAGCGUGAAGGGGUUGAGAAGGGAAGGCAUGUUCCGACCAGACACACUAUCAAGGAGGAUAUGAAGGAUAAGGAAGCGAUGGAGAAGAAGGCCGCCGAAACAAGGGCAUGGGUCCAGGCUGGAAUGAAAGGCGAUGCAGGAAAAUAG